AUGUCAUUUAAAAAUAAAUAUUAUAGAGAUAAUUAUGGAGAAAUUUACAAUAAAAAUAGCAAUGAAAAAAACUAUAACUUGACACAUAAUAGAGACAAUUGUGAAAAACAAAGAAAAGAUAAAGAAAAAGAUAAAGAAAAAGAAAAAGAAAAAGAUUUUUAUGAAAGAAAUAAUAGUAUUCGAAAACAAAAUUUUAAUAAAAAGGAAGAAAUGGAAAGUACUAAAUUAAAGUCAUCUAAUAAUUUAAGUAAAAAGGAUUAUAAAAAAGAUGAUAAGAAUUAUUUAGGAAAAUAUAAAGAUAGAAAUUUUAAAAAUGAAAAUAGAGAUAAUAAAAGUGAUAAUAGAUUUGAGAAAAAAUAUGAUAGUAAAUAUGAUAAAUAUGAUGAUAAGUACGAUAGAAAAUAUGAUGAUAAGUAUUAUAAAAAACAUGAUGAUAAGUAUGAUAAAAAAUAUGACGAUAAGUACGACAGAAAAUAUGAUAAUAAGUACGAUAGAAAAUAUGAUGAUAAGUACGAUAGAAAACAUGAUGAUAAAUACGAUAGAAAAUAUGAUGACAAGUUCGAUAGAAAUUAUGAUAGUAAAUAUGAUAGAAAACAUGAUAUUAAAUAUGAUGAUGAAUAUAAUGUAAAAAGGAGUAAGAGAAGACAUGAAGAAAGAAAGAAUAGUAAUAAAAGUGUUGAAAAAAAUUAUCAUAGCAGAAAUAACAGUGAAUACUAUCAUAAAUACAGAAAUAGAAAUUUUGAAAAAGAAAGAAGAAUAAGUAGGAGUAAUAAUAAUAAUACUAGUUUAUACAACAAAAAUGAAAAUAGAAGAAAUGAAAGUAAAUCUAUUUCUAAAAAUAAAGAAGAAAGAAAAAUAUCAUAUAACAAUGAUGAUGAUGAAGAACGAGAAUAUUCUUCAAAUUCUUAUGAUAAAUAUAAUAAAUAUAAUAAAAAAAAAAAAAGAUUCAUUGACUAUGAAGAAAAUGGUUUAUUUGCAAAUGAUAACAUAAAAAAAAUAAAAAAUACAAAUGAAAUUUUAGAAAAUAAAACUAAUAUUGAAUUAUCAAGAUUUAUUUUUAUAUAUAAAAUACCUGAUGAUAUAACGGAAGAGGAAAUUGAUGAAAUUAUUAGAAAUAUUGCAAUAAAUAAUGCAUUUUCAUUACCUUUGAAUAUAUAUAUAAAUAAAUUAUCUUAUUUUUCUAUAAAAGAUGAUUUAUUCAUAAAAGAAAAUUUAGAGUUUUUAAAAAAUAAUUCAUACUUUAAUAAUAUACAACAAUAUAUACUAAACGAAAAAUCAGAUAAUAAAAUAAACGAUGACAAGUGUUGUAUAAUUGAGUUUCCAUCUAACGAAGCUUGUGGAAAAUUAUUUUCUCUUUUUGAAGAAAAUAAUUGUAUUGAAAUAAAAAAAAAUAUUUGUUAUAUAUUUCCAAUAUUUAAACUAAAAAAAAAAAAUAAGAAUAAUGAAGAAAAACAACAAUUAAAAAAAUUUAAUGAUUGGUAUUGUUCAUUAUGUAAUUUUUUAAAUUUUUCUAGAAGAACAGUAUGCUAUUUUUGCAAAGCAGCUAAAACUAGUGAUUCAAAAAUAGUGGAAACCGAAUCUAAGAAUAUAAGUAAUUUUUUAAAAAAUAAUGUAAAUAAAUCGGAUAAUUUGUAUUUAAAAAACAAUUUUAAUUUAAACAAUGAUCAAAAGGUAUUCAAUAAUUAUGCAAUUGAUUCAUUCAAUGCACAUCCUGGUUAUACAAGUAAUAUAAAUAAUUUAAAUACUAAUUAUGAGGAUAUGAUAAAUGAUAAAAUGAAUUUUAUUAAGAAUACCAAUAUAUUAAAUGCAAAUAAUGAUAUUUCCUUAAAUGAUAAUUAUAAUAGUGACUAUAAUUUAUAUUCAUAUAAUUUAUUUCACAUCUUUGAAAAUAAUAUAGAAAACUUUGAAACAACAAAAGAGGCCUUGCUCAAUGAAGAAAAAACAAAUAUGUUAAUUUUAAAAGAUAUAGAUGGUAGUAUAUCUAACAAAGAUAUAAUAAAAUUUUUGAAUAAAAUAUUUGAAAAACGUAAUGUUGAUUAUUUGUAUUUAUUUAAUGAUAUAAAGGGUUCUAAUAAAAGGAAGGGGUUUUGUUUUAUUGAGUUCAAUAAUCAAAAUGUAGCUGAAAAAAUGAUGAAAGAACUUGAAGGGAAUUACUAUAUAAAUUUUCAAAGUAAUUAUUUAAAGUUGGAUUAUGUAAAUUCAAAAGAAAAACAAUGUUUUUUUAAUUGUAUAAAUCUGGCUAAAUUGAAUAUAAAUAAAUCAUCGGCCAUUGUUACAAAAAAUUAUAUUCCAUAUUUUAAUUUUUUUGUUAAUUAUUUUGAAGCAAUUGCAAAUAUGAAUUUAAUUCAUUAUGCUUUUUUUUUAGUGUGGUCUUCUCAAAUAAUUAUUUUAAAAAAUGGUAAACCUGAAUUAACAGAAUUUUUUUUUGAUUAUAAUAGCCAAUAUUAUUAUCAUCCCAUUUAUCAAAUAUAUUUUGAUAAUAACACAAAAUUUUAUAUGUCAUUAUCAAAAGGAUAUUAUAUUUGGAAUGCAAAAGCAGAAUGCUUAGUAAGAAUUUAUUUAGAUAAUGAAGAAGGAAACUAUUAUAAAAAUGAAAAUACUAAUGAGUCAUUAUUAUUGUCAAAUUCAUUAAAAAAUAAUAUAGAUGAAAAUGUAUGUAACAAAAAUAACGAUAACAGUAGUGAAAAUAAUAAAACAAAAAAUACAAAUGAAAAUGUAACAAAUACGAAAAUUUCUACUUUUGUAGAAAAAGUCAGAAAAAUAGCUUUGGCAUCAAAGAAAACAAUUGAACAGAUGAAUAUUAAUGAAAGUAAUUGUAAUAAUUUGGAAAAAAAAAAUAAAGAAAUUAUUAAAAAGCACUUUUCUACAGAUUCAGCAGAAGAAAACGAUUUUUCAGAUAAAGAACUUGAGAAAAAAAAUAAUAAUAAUAACAUGGAUAAUAAAAAUAAUGAAAAUAAUCAAGGAAAUAAAGAAUACAAUGAUAUUCCCAAAAAUAAUAGCAAUUCUAGCAUUCAUAAAAAAGAUACUUUUAAUGAGUAUAUUACUAAUAGUAACUUAAAAUUCCCUAAUAAUAAAGCAUUAAGUAAUUCAACCCAAUUCAACAAUAAUAAAAAUUUUAAUGAAUUUAAUAAUUUAAAUAAUAGUGCAGAAAAAAAUGAUAUAAAUCAACAAUGUAGUAGUGACAAUUUAGAUAUCAUAUGUUUUGUAUGUUUGAGAAAAUUUUUAAAUAAAGAACUUCUUCAGAAGCAUAUAGAUAUGUCAUCAUUACACAAAAAAAAUUUACAAAAUGUUUUAGGUUUUGUAGCUAUUACAUAG